AGGAAAACAAAAUAAAGAGGUAGAAAAACAAGGAAAAAAUUCAUCACAGGGGAGGAAAUAUAAGGAAGAACUCACACCGCAAUCAAGGCCCAUGAAACCCUGGUAAGUUUGUUUCUUCUUUGGUGUUUGGCUCUCACAGAGGUUAGAACCUUAUCGGAAAUAGCAUCAAUGAAGACAAAACCACUCCUGCCGACUUUUUGUCCAACAUCAGCCGUCAUUGUUUGGUAUUAUGUCUCUGUAUUUUCCAUGACUUGAGGAUGAAGUGGUACAUGUGGAUUAUAAUAAAAGGCAAAAGCUCCAGAAAAUGUAUUGAUUAUCUUAUGGAAAAAGCAGUUCAACUGGAGUUUUAGGGUCAUUUGUUAAUCUGUCUACUGCUUUUUUUUUAACUUAGUCUUUACCCCAAAGGAUAGAGUCCGAGUGUUUUUUUCAUUACGCUGAAAUGGCACUAUCAACCCUAGGAGGUCAAUUUGAUCUUCAAAAACGGAGUACUAACUCCAACUAUAUAUUUAUGAAUCUUGCAUAUUAAUCUGGGUGUCUCUAGGCAGUUGCUUCUCUGACAUGGGUGCCUUUUAUCACGAAGAGCAACCGCGGAAUCCCAAGAGAUGCAAGUUCCUUGCUGCAGCUCUCAAGGAUGUGUUUUCUAACUGUCAUAGUUUCAACGGACGGCCACUUUCGUCUCCAGGGCCGGAGUCCUCAGAUAGUGACAUAGAAGAUGAAGAGGAAGUACUCACCAUUCACGAGUUUGGUUUCCUGGUCCACUUCCUUUUGGAUUUUCUUAUUGUUUGUUGAUUUUCUCUGCAGGUCGUGGUAUCAGAAAUUCGGAGUAGAGCAAUGGAGAAGAAGAAGCGCAGGCCUGGCAUUAAAGCAGAUAGUUUUUCCUGGGUGUUUUCUCCUUCCACUGGGGACAUAUAUAUAACCACGAAGCAAGGGAAAGGAAAAGAGAAGGACGGUGGGGAUGAGGAACGAGAAGAGUUCUUAUCUGUUAAUAGCUGUUUCUCCCUCUGUUCAAGUGAUGCAAGUGGGGAAGCUUUUCUCUCUGUGAAGACAAACUUUUCCAGGUCUUCCAGCUUGAACAGACCUGAUUCUGUGGAUUUCUUCAAGUUCAAUUUUGAAGAUUUUCGAAGGCGGUCCAUAAUUCAGGAGUUCUGCCACUGUGAAGGAUGGCCGUUUGGUCUCUGCCGAAAGUUGGUGCUGCUCCCUCCCCUGCCUAAAUCGCCAGCAGACUCUUGGUCAUGGCGUAAAGGCAGUAGACUAGCCAAGACGCCUUAUGUUUAGAAGCUAUGCUACUCUUGAUCUCGGCAGUGGAAGCAAACUAUCCUGUUCUUUAUUUACUUCAUCACUGUUUUUCCAAAAAAGGGGAAAAAAACUAUCAGAUGCUUCGACAAAGAGGAUAAUUAUGGAUUUAAAAUUGCUAAGUAAUUAUGAGAUUAAAAUUGCUAAGCUUUGCUAAAUCUUCUUUGAUCUAAAGUUCUGCUGAAUCUAGAGUGGAAGAAAAACAAUGUAUGCCUUUUUUUUUUUUGCAAAGAAGAACAGUGUUUGUAUUGAUAAGGUCAGAUUAUAUAGCAACAUUGCCUAAUAGAAGUACAUUAGCUUU